AUGCUGCCUCGACUCCGGCCGUUGGCCAACCAGCGUUUCUUGCGCUCUCCCCUCCGUUCUCUCUCUACCUCCUCUUGUCGACACGCCGACCCCAUCCCCGUUAAGACCAUCGCAGUCGAAGAUAUACACCAUCUCUCAGCUCAAGACAUCCUCGCCGAGGGAAGUGGUUCACGUCAAGAUGCCAGUCUGAAGCACUUCACCGUCAACUUUGGUCCUCAGCAUCCCGCCGCCCACGGUGUGUUGAGGCUUAUUUUGGAGCUCAACGGAGAGCAGAUCUUGAGGGCUGACCCGCACAUUGGCUUGCUCCAUCGAGCGACUGAGAAGCUUAUCGAGUACAAGACAUACACCCAGGCUGCGCCGUACUUCGAUCGGCUAGACUAUGUUUCAAUGAUGACCAAUGAACAAUGUUUUGCCCUCGCGGUCGAGAAGUUGCUCAACAUCGACGUCCCUAUCCGCGCCAAAUGGAUCCGCACACUCUUUGGCGAGAUCACGAGGAUCCUCAACCAUCUCAUGGCCGUUCUCACGCAUGCUAUGGACGUUGGUGCCCUUACUCCCUUCCUCUGGGGUUUCGAGGAGCGCGAGAAGCUCAUGGAGUUCUACGAACGUGUUUCUGGCGCGCGUAUGCAUGCCAACUACGUUAGGCCUGGGGGUGUGUCUUUCGACCUUCCCAAUGGUCUGCUCGAGGACAUCUUCAAGUGGGCAACGCAAUUCUCCAGCAGGGUGGAUGAGUUUGAGGAAGUCCUCACUGCCAACCGUAUCUGGAAGGUCCGCACGAUCGGCAUCGGGCCGGUUACCGCUCAGGAGGCGUUGGACUACUCUUUCUCGGGUGUGAUGCUCCGCGGGAGCGGGAUCGCCUGGGAUCUCAGAAAAGUCCAGCCGUACGAAUGUUACGACCAGGUUGAGUUUGAUGUCCCUGUUGGAAAGAACGGUGAUUCAUAUGACCGGUACUUGUGCCGCGUGCAGGAGAUGCGCGAGAGCUUGAGAAUCGUCGGCCAGUGUCUCAAUAAGAUGCCCACAGGGGUCAUCAAGGUUGACGAUCACAAGAUCUCCAACCCCCCAAGGGCGAUGAUGAAAGAAAGCAUGGAAUCUCUCAUUCACCACUUCAAACUCUUCUCAGAAGGGUACAGCGUCCCCCCAGGAGAGACCUACAGCGCUAUCGAGGCCCCAAAAGGAGAGAUGGCCGUCUACCUCGUCUCCGACGGCAGCAACCGGCCAUACAGGUGCAAGAUUCGUGCCCCUGGGUUUGCCCAUUUGGCAGGCGCAGACUUCAUGAUGCGGGGACACAAUCUCGCGGAUGCCGUCACCAUCAUCGGAACAAUGGAUUUGGUGUUUGGCGAAGUUGACCGGUGAUCUCUCUUCCGUAGCAAAAGUAGCCACAACCCCCUAAUUCAGGCAGUUGCGAAAGCGCACACCUGUGUCUCGCCUCAC